UGUAGUUAACUUUUAUUUUGAAAAUUGCAAAGCUUUUCCGGUUUAACGUUGUGCGCUUCAAAAGUGGCACAUGUGUGCUGAACAAAUGCGUGAGGCAUGAGUUUGAAACCUCCAGUGGGAGUGCAGCGGUUGCCAAGAGGUCCUGACCCGAACAGCCGCGGGUUCGACCGUAGCUCCCCCCGCUUUAUCGCUCUGUGUCCCACAUCCAUCCCAUCUUCAGCAUCAACAGAUCCGGGUAUAGAGGAGGAGCAGCGAGUGCGAUCAGAGCUGAGGGAGAGAUUUUUACGGACACUGUUGAUGAUGACAGACAAGCCAGUUCAGUUCAACAUGUACGAGAAAGUUCAGGUCCCAGCGAGGUUCGGUGCCUCGGAUAUAGACAUCUUGAACUUUCAUGUGUCGGAUUUAGAGACUCCUCUUGGUGUGCAGAAAGAAGCACUGUUAAGGUGUCAGGAUGUGAUCUCGUGCUCCUUUGAACUGUAAAAAAAUGUCGGGAUUGGAUUUGUGCAUGCACGUGCGUAUUGCUAUUAAGAUGGUCACAAGGUGGCGCUGGGUUCAUUGGUUUUCAUGUUAAUAAAAGUUUGCUAUGUAGAUAA